CUCCCUUUUUUCCUACCUUCUCCCUUCCUCCUCCGCCCUCCUUCUCCCUCUCCCCCCCUCCCCCCCUCCCCGUCCGUCCCCCCUCCCCCCUCCCCUUCCCCUUCCCCCCCCUCUCCCCCUUCCCCCUCCCCCUUCCUCUCCUCUCCU